ACGAAGAAGUCCAAUAAACAAAAUGGGGUCGUCAAUAAUAUAGCGGUAUUUCGUCUUGAAACUCGUCGGACAUAUUUGAUUUUUUAAAGUGCUUUUAACAUCAGUUUUAUAUGUUUCCUAUUUUUCUGGCAUUAUUUUACAGCUCAGUCACCAACCGGACCGUCGAGUUGUUUAUUUAGAGACGAUAUGACAUAGCUUUUGUUGUGUUUAUCGUCUGUGUUGACAACGGCGCUAUCUGGAGUCGGUGACCGAGAAAUGGACAUCGUGUCCGGCUCGGGGUCCGCGGGGACCCCCGGUUGCAUGUCCGACGACAUGGAGGGCCUGGCCGUCGGCGGCGGCGGCGGCGUCUUGCCCCACCUGGGCGCCAUCAAAACAGAGCAGGGGAUGCCGGCGAGCGGCGCCGACGAGGCGGGCAACCCCAACGUGGCCAUGGGCAUCAAGUUCAUCCUGCCCAACCGCUUCGACAUGAACGUUUGCUCCCGGUUCGUCAAGUCGCUCAACGAGGAGGACAGCAAGAACAUCCAAGACCAGGUCAACUCCGACCUGGAGGUCGCCUCCGUGCUUUUCAAAGCGGAGUGCAACAUCCAGACGUCUCCGUCGGCGGGCAUCCAGGUGCGUCACGUGUACACGCCGUCCACCACCAAGCACUUCUCGCCCAUCAAGCAGUCCACCACCCUCACCAACAAGCACCGCGGCAACGAGGUCUCCUCCACGCCGCUCCUCGUGCACUCUUUAUCCAUCCAUCAGCUGGCAGCUCAAGGGGAAAUGGUCUUUCUGGCCAGCAGAAUAGAACAAGAGACGGUAAUCAACGUGCAGGACGAGGAAGGCUUCACUCCCCUCAUGUGGGCGGCGGCCCACGGGCAGAUUGCCGUGGUGGAGUUUCUGCUCCAGAAUGGCGCCGAUCCCAACCUGCUGGCCAAAGGACGAGAGAGCGCCUUGUCGCUGGCGUGCAGCAAAGGCUACACGGACAUCGUCAAGAUGCUCAUCGACUGCGGCGUCGACGUCAACGAGUACGACUGGAACGGAGGAGCCCCACUGCUUUACGCCGUCCACGGCAAUCACAUUCGCUGCGUGGAGCUCCUGCUAGAAAGCGGCGCCGAUCCCACCGUGGAGUCCGACUCUGGUUUCAACGCCAUGGACAUGGCCGUGGCCAUGGGACAUCGCAACGUUCAACAGGUGAUGGAAGCGCACCUGCUGAGGUUGCUGAUGGGCAUCCGAGAGUGAUGUCAUCAUGGAUGUCCACCAACAUGCUGCAUUUGGUUCGCUUGUGCUGCUUGCAUGUCAUUUUAGCACAUUUGUAUUUUUUGCUGUUAAAGAAAAAGGAAGGGAAAAAAACAUUUCCUGUGAGUGCAGGUAAACCCCUCACCAGCAAUCGUCACCGUGUUAUUUAUUUGUCUUUUGAUGUAUUACUCAUUUUAAAUGUUUUAUUUAAUUCUAAUUUAAAUGUUAUUGUAUUUCUUGUACAUUCAGUUGUAAUUUUUUUUAUUUAAUUGAAAAAGAAACUUACAUUUUAAUUUAUGAUUGAGUUUGUCACAAUUAGUUUUUUUAAAUUAUACUCAUUUAAAUGUGAAUUUAAAUUGGAACAAUGUUACAUUUUGAUUUAUAAAAAAAUACAAAUCAAGUAAAUUUGUAGUUAAAAAUAAAAUUACAAUGAUCUUUUUAGUAGGCAUGAAGUCCCUCCUUUUUCUACUUAUUUGACUCGUCUUUAUUUCCCAAAAAUAUCCAUCGUUUUGCCUUGAAAUUUUCACAUUUUUAUUCUGCCAAUGUAACUUUUUGCUCGAAAAGAUGUUUUAAUCCAGUGUUUUUCCCCCAGGAAAUACUUUUUUCUUCUGAAAAUAGUGUCAUAGUCGUGAAGGCUGCCGAUACUGUGGGCACCAAAAAAAAUCUGACAAGAACUCCUCCUCAACAGUAGUUGGCGCUACACUGGCAGUUUGACGCAUCAGAAAGAAAGAAAAAAAAUCUGUCAUUGUGUUAAUGGAAAUUUAAUGUAGUAGUGGCAUCCGUACUCAGUAUCAGUGAGUACUCAAGAGUGAAUACUUGUAGUGGUAUCGAACAUGCCUAAAAUAUAAAACUUUAGUUUUCCUCAAAACGAUUGAGAAUUAAAAAAUACUUUCAAUUCCAGCUAAUUACAAAAUAAUUGUUUUAUAAAAUUUUGUUUACAAAUAUGUAAAAUGUAAUAAAAUAAAAAUUCAAUUUUUUUAUUUCGUUACCUGGCAUGUGCACAUUUGAGGGAUGACGUCCCUCCCCUUGUAUUUAUUGUGCUCAUCUUAUUUAAUAUUUGUGUUGAUUUGAAUGUGGUUUCCAAGCCAAAAUAGUUUGUUCAUAAACGUGUGCAAGUCCACAAGGUU